CGCAGCAGCGCUAAGGCAAUUUGCAACGACAACCAGCAAAUAUUAAUCACUUACAGUGUUACAGUGCAACGCAAUACAAGCCGAGCAAUCGCACAACUCUUGUAAAUAAUUAUAAUACGAAAUGUAAAUUCAAUGCGAACUACGAUCUCGUUAAAUGAAAACUCACAAAGAAAUAUCGAAUUGCCAAAAUAAUUGACGUGUCGCAGUGUGUGCUAAUAUGUAGUCGCUUUUAGCGCAACAACAAACAUUGCUAACGGCACAAUAGUGUUUGUAGUAGUUGCAUUUAACAGUGUUGAUAAGAAGUGUGCUUAGUUCGAUCUCAGCUGAGCGGCAGUUAACUGUUAAGUUAGGCCAUUUAAGUUAGUUAUGUUAUUGCCAAGGGACAGGGCAGCAACGGGAAAAGGUAAAAGGCCGCUAGCGGCAUUCGUGUGAAAGCUAAGCGCGAAUCUGCCGGUCGGCCGGCAAACACGCUCGUUCGCUGUGUAGUUAUUCAGAACAAGUUAAUGAAGUUACAAUGAAAAUUUAUGCGGUUUAUCGCGAUUAAUUACACAACCUAAAACACCAAAAUAAAAUAACAAAACAAUAAUAAAGAACACGAAAUUUCGAAGAAUACAGUUCAAGUCUUGCAUAGACUACAAUCAACUAACGCUAGCGUCCAUCAACCAACCACCUAAUCUAAGUAAAUAGCUGUCAAAAUGUUGGCCAUGUCACAAGGUUUCUUCGAUAAUCCAUAUGCUCAAAUACGUGCGCCAACAACAGCGAUGCGCCCACCACGUGGCGACAGUCCGCUCAACAGCACAUCGGCACUCGAUUUGCAGACAUCGAGCCGAGCACAGGUGCCGCCACCGCCACCGCCGCCGCCGAGAUACCACACUGACCAAGGAGCUAUGGACCAGCAAUUCUGUCUACGCUGGAACAAUCACCCGACGAACUUAACUGGCGUGCUAACCUCGUUGCUGCAGAGGGAGGCACUAUGUGAUGUGACGCUGGCAUGCGACGGUGAAACAGUCAAGGCGCAUCAAACGAUUCUAUCAGCAUGCAGCCCAUAUUUCGAGACAAUUUUCCUGCAAAACCGCCAUCCACAUCCCAUCAUCUAUUUAAAAGAUGUCAGAUACUCAGAAAUGCGCUCCCUGCUCGACUUCAUGUACAAAGGCGAAGUCAAUGUCGGUCAGAGUUCGCUGCCGAUGUUCCUCAAAACAGCCGAGAGUCUACAGGUUCGUGGUCUAACGGACAACAACAACCUCAACUAUCGCACGGAACACCGCGAUUCGCCCAUAUCCUCGCCCACCGGCCGUACACCGUACAGUAGUGGCGGUCUCGGUGGUGGCGGCAGCGGCGGUAGCGAAUGUGAGCCACGCGAACGCGAUCAACAGUUACGUGGCCGUGCCACCGAACGCGAUAUGCGCGACGAAAUGCAUUCACAUCGCAGCAGCAGCAGUUUAAGCGAACGCAAUGCCGCCGCCGCUGCAGCAGCAGCAGCUGCCACCGCUAAUGUGAGCAGUGUGAGUGCCAGUCUACAAUCCGCUGCAGCAGCUUUGGGUUUGGGAGAACGUUCGCCAAUCACAGCAGCCGCAAUGGCGGCCGCAGUAGCGGCUGCGGCCACGCGCAGUGCCAGCGCAGAUCCGCUCAGCGGUUCGACGAAUACAGCCUGUUCUGGCGGCAGUAUCAGCGGUGCUGGUGGCAUAUUAAACAGUCGCAUCAGCGAUGCGAAUAGUGAGCGUAGUGUUAGCGGUGGCGGUGGUGCCGGCAAUGGGGGCAGCAGUGGUGAUCGCAGCAGCAGCAUUGGACGCGAACGCGCCGAUAGUCGUGAUGAACUCAUGCAGCUAGACUAUAGUAACAAGGAUAACAGAGAUCGUGAUAGAGAGAUGUCCACCACGCCGGUGGAGCAUAUAGGUAGUAAUAAGCGAAGACGUAAGAACUCAUCCAACUGUGAUAAUUCGUUGACCUCGACGCAUAACGCAAAUGUACAGGACAGGCACUACACUCAGGAUUCUCAGGCAUCCUCGCGCAGCAAUUUCAAAUCGAGUCCCGUGCCAAAAACUGGCAGCACGUCUGAAUCGGAGGAUGCCAUCAUCACAGGUGUUGGCGAACGACGCGAUUCACCACUCUCCGUCAGUCAAUUGAGUAUCAGUGGUGGCGGUCUAGGUGGCGUGGGUAGCGGUAGUGUUAGUGCGAUUCCCAGUAGUAUUGGUCUCAGUCAUGCGCUUAGUAUUAAACAAGAAUUAAUUGAAGCACAACAACAACAGCAACAGCUGCAACAACAACAACGUGAGACUCAUGUACCUUUGCCAACCGAAUACUUGCCGCCCGGUGCACUGAAGCUACACUCCGAGGAAAUGUCUCAACUAUUAUCCUCACAUGGUCUACAGCAAGAGAGUCGAGAGGAUCAGAACGAUGGUAAACAGCUACCGCUGGAUCAGUCGGAUAACAUUGAUGGUGAUGAUGGUGUUGGUGGCAAUGACAUGCGCGUCGAAGCAAACCGAAAUCAUGCCGACAUUAGAGCAGACGAUGAUGUUGGCAAUAUGAAUGAUGACGAUGAAGAAGACAAUGAUGACAAUGAGGCGGGCGUUGAUGAUGACACCGAGGACGUGCAUCGUCACAUUGCCUAUCGCCAUAACAGACGGCGUGUUAUACGUACAACAGACGGCAUGCAAGCGCAGCAAACCGUCACCGAGCACAUUGAUGUUGUUGAUGACGAGGGUCACGCGCAUGAUUUGUGCGGCGAUGAUGAGGAUUACGAUUACGACAAUGAUUGCCAUAGCGAUUGUGAUCACAAGAUAUUGGACAGCAACUACAAUUGUCACUACAAGCGUUGCAGGCAAGAGGCGGCCAUGCGCAGCCAGCAACAGCAGUUGUACGAGCAACAUCAGCAACACCAGCAAAAGCAUUUGCAGGCGCAACACUAUCAUCAGCAACAUGUUGCCGAGAUGAUGUUGCACGCACGAAACGGUCCGCUGAACGAUGUCAUUGCGCUGACGACGACGCCGCCGCAGCCCACAUUGUCAACACAUCGUCACAUGCAUCCACAAACCGUUAUUAAUCUUGGCCGCUGUAGUAAUGCUCUGGAUGCGCUUUGCUCUGCCGAGGCUGCUGCUGCAGCCGCAGUGGCAGCGCUCUCGCCUGCUUCCUCGAAUGCGUCGGCAACAUCGGCAACAUUACAGAAACAGCAGCAACAACAGCAACAAUUUGCGUACGCACAGCAACAACAUGCUGCUGCAGUCAACUAUCAGCAACAACAACAACAACAACACGCGUUAGCAACUGCUGCCAACUUGGCACAGCACCGCCAUAGUCACCAUCAUCAACAGCAGCAGCAGCAACAACAACAACAACACCAUUUGCAAAACAUCCAUACACAAGCGAACAACGCCAACGACAACAACACCACACAAUUGCAACUAAUUGCCACGAACUCCAACCCAUCCAGCGUUGACAACAACAGCGCAAACGCGGCCGCCGCCGCUGCAGCAGCUGCCGCUGCCAAUCGUCGUGACCACAAUAUCGACUACUCCACGCUCUUCGUGCAAUUGUCCGGCACGCUGCCCACUUUGUAUCGAUGCGUCAGCUGCAACAAGAUCGUGUCGAAUCGUUGGCAUCACGCCAAUAUUCAUCGGCCUCAGAGUCAUGAGUGUCCUGUCUGCGGGCAAAAGUUUACGCGUCGAGACAAUAUGAAAGCCCACUGUAAAAUAAAACACGCCGACAUUAAAGAUCGUUUCUUCAGUCAUUAUGUACAUAUGUGAUCAAUUUUUUAUCUGGUCAAAUAAGCAGUUAAACUAUUUAUCAAAUCCGAUUGAUGGCACACAAACACCUAACAAAAAUUCAACAGGCUCACACACCCCAAAGGACACACAAAGCAUAAUGAGGCAACAUUGAUUUGCUCCGACCAAGGCCGCACAUUUCGAUUUAAUUUCAUCACGACUGAACUACUCCCUAUAUAAAUACAAGAUGUGCGGUUAUUAAGGCUGGCGACUUAAAGUAGCAUUAUCGGUUUCAUAAAUCUCCAUGUAUAUUAUAGGCUUAAUUUUGCCUAUCUUUAGGCGACAAGUGCAAUAAAAUGGGCUCUUUUAUAGCGGUAGCUCAUGAGACUUGAUUCAUACCUUUAGGCAUUAUGCUUUGAAUUAUAUAUUUUCAAUACGCUUAAGUUGUUAGUUAAUAAAUAGCUAUGCAGUUAGACGGAAAAUGAGCUUUCCAUUCAGCUAUUUUUGGGUCAGAAAUGUACUACCCAUGCUGUCACCAAAAAAUAUCAAGUUAAAUACAAAAAUGUCCGAAAGGAAGCAUACCUUUAGGCAUUUUUCUUUAAAAUACCAGAAAAUAAGCAUAUCUUUCGGCGGGUAAGAAAUGCACUAUCCAUGCUGUCUCCAAAAAGUAUCAAGUUAAAUGCAAAAAUUUCGGAAAAGAAGAAUACCUUCAGGCAUUUUUCUUUGAAAUAUAAGGAAAGCAGCAUAUCUUUAGGCAUUAUUCCUCGAAGUUACCAAUUUUUAUAGUUCAAUAGACAUUUAUUAAAUAUUCUUUUUUCUGCCAGAUCUAGGCGUUUUCUGAAAAGUGUUCUGUGGGAGGUUGAUAGAUAAUAAUAUUAAAUAUCUGCCACUCUUGAGAGAGAAAACAAACAGAAGCUAUUCAGAUAAAAAAUAUUCAGUGUUUUCUGAAGGAAAAGAACGCUUUCUCUCGCUUAAGCUUAGCGGAGUGAAGUGUACCCAAUUUUCUCAGCAAAUUUUAGCCAUCCAAGCUUUUUUGCAUAAAAUAUUGAUUAACAAAUCAAUAAGAAAUGUUACUUAUGUUGGCGAUAUGAGUUCGGUUGCCUGCCUUAAUGAGCACUUCAAAGUUGUGUACACACUAAAACAAGCUAUACACAAACUAAAUACCGUAGUACAUUUCAAUAUUUUCUUAGCAAGCAAAUAAGAUAUAUUUAAAUUUUCCUCAUAACUAUACAAAAUGUAUUUAUUUAUUAUAUAUGUAGUUGGAAAUCCAAAAAAACAAAAAACACUUCAAGAAACCAAAGAAAUCACCAAAAAUCCCUACAAAUAUUAUAUGUAACAUAAAACUACGAUGGAUUUUCGUGUAAUCUGAAAGUAAUUAGAAAGAAGUCAGUUUAAUUCGUAUUAAAACUUCAACGACAAAGCGAUUGUAGCAAAACAAAGUACGAGUAUUAACCCACCCGAGCAAAUUGUGGAUUAUUUAGUAGACUGUAGUAUUGCAUAUUUACCAUUAGUAUUUAUUUUUACUAAGCGAAAGUGGACACCGAGUUAAAGUGAACAUUUAUCAAAAUAUAUAUUUUUUCUUAUUUUAGCUGUUAAAUAUUUUAAAUUUCAUGUAGACGCCAAUAAACAAACAAUUAUUACUAUUAUCUCGCGUGUGACUCAUGUUGUCAUACAAGUAUAUUGAGACGAAUAUGUACCGUUAAGCGCUGAUAAUCUUUGUAGUAUUUUUUUACCAUUUCAAUACCUUUGAAAAAUAUUUGAACAAAGCAAAGCAAGUAUUAUGUAAUUUAGUAAUUCCAAAACGAAAGCGAAAGCGAACGCGAUAAGUUAACACUUCUAGUAGUGAGUCAAGAUUAACACUUUAAGUCCUGCCAUAUUUAGUUUUUAGUAAGUUAAUUGCAAAUUGACUGUUUAGUUGAAUUUAUUAAUAAAAUAAAUGUUUUCUGCGUAUAAACAAAGAGCUGAAUGAAUUUCUUUUCGUCGAAAUCAUGUAUGUAGAUGUGCGAAAGUGUUGCCACAUAAUUGAUAAAAAAAUAUGACUUCCUGGGUUUCAUAUUAAUUGUCUGUUGCUUUCUACUAGGAAAAUAGCCAACGAGCGCUUGCUAUGCUACUUAAACACGGAUUAAACUGUUUACACACAUUUUUUGUAGGCAGUGUAAUGCACAAGCAUAUUACAGUCUCCUUUUAUCAUUACUUAUCGGUAUCACAAGUUCGAUCUUACUGUACAAGGUAUGUUCAGAAAAUAACAGGAAUACCAUUUCGUGGGUUUGGAGAGCCCAAAUGUUAUGUUGUUAUACAUGCUCAUGUAGUACGAUAAUAUUUUCAGCUGUAUCGAUAGUUUACUGUCGAACAGCCUCUACGGUUGGACCUUUUUCAUGAGCUUGGCGAUUUUCGUUUGCAAAAAGCUCACGCAAUACUGCCUCCAAAUUUGUAUAAAUUUUUUUCUUUUUCCAAAAGAGAACCCUAAAUGACCGUGUUUUAACGCCAUAGAUGAUAUUAACAGCGCAUUGCUGAAAGAGCUAAAGGCUGCGCCAAAAAUCGAGUUUGAAAAGUGUUUCGACGCUUGGACGUACCGUUAGUAUAUAUGCGUAAUAUCGAACGGGGAUCUAUGUUGAAAGCGACAACAUUACUGUAUGUAGGUGAAUGAAUAAAUAUUUUUUUCGAAAAACGAAAAUUCCCGUUAUUUAUUGAACAUCCCUCGCGAACCGAUUUUUUUUUUUAAUUUAUCAAGGCAACCGCAGUAAAAAAAAAGGUUUCAACAUACGUGUGUAAAGAAAUGGACCGAUAAAAAGUCAUGAAAACAUACAAUUUUAAUAUAUAUCGAACUAACAGUAAAUAGUUCUUCCGUUAGACACAAAAUAAUAAUGUUUGUAUUUAGAUUACUAAAAGAAAUAUGAGAUGCAAAUAAAACGUUUAUGAAUAUUAAAAAAAUCUACACAAAAAUGAGCAUAUAUUUUUCUUAUAAACACUCUCGCUCUCUAAGCUUUCGGGUAGCAGAAGUUAUGAAGCUAAAUAGGCGCUUUCAAAAGCUUUUGGUUUAAUUUGAAAGUUAUAAUUUGAGAU